AACUCAUCGAAUUCACCCAAGAUCCAGCUGUCAAAAUUUCGUUCAAAGCGGAAAGUGGAAGAAUGUUCGUUGCAGUCUCGCAGCAUUUUUAAAUUAGUACAUUCUUUUUAGUGAACUUUCCGAAACCGUGCAUGUCAAUACCAGUCCAACCUUAAACAAUGUCGCAAUUCAACAAGGAAAACCGAAAAAUCGUGCUUCAACCAUGGGCUAAACCUAUUGGCAGUGCUGGUGCAUCGCGAAUGGGCAAUGGAGUCACCAGCGGGAAUAUAGAUGGGCAAGCUGCUAAAACGAUGUCGCAGGUUAAUGCUGGAUCAGAAACCAAAACAUUGAACCAGUUUAAAAUACCUCCACCGCCAACAAGUCCCGCUAAAGCUGGUCAAAGAACGCUCCCCGUAAAAUCCCUUCUUAACAGAGCUAAAAUUUUCAAUCAGGAAUCACUCGACGAUCAAGUGCAUCCUACGCCGCCAACUAAAGAGGGGUCGCAAUUUAAAGUUCCAACAGUUGUAAAUAAGCCAAAACCGGAAACUCAAAAAGUCGUUACUAGCACAACACAGAAUUCUUCAUCCGGAGGACAGCAGCAUCAGUCCACCGCAUCCAGCUCCGGUAAAAAAAUUUGGACUCUAGCUAAUUUCGAUAUAGGCCGUCCACUGGGCAAAGGAAAAUUUGGAAACGUGUAUCAGGCUCGUGAAAAAGAAACCAGAUUUGUGAUUGCCCUCAAGGUGCUUUUCAAAAAGCAAGUUCAUGCACAAGGCAUCGAACACCAGGUGCGACGAGAAAUUGAAAUUCAAUCCCAUCUACGUCACCGAAACAUCCUGCGGAUGUACGGAUAUUUUCAUGACGAAACUCGAAUUUAUCUUAUCCUGGAAUACGCUCCAGGUGGAACGCUUUUCAGUAAAUUACAGACUAUUCCCGGAAACAAAUUUCCUGAAAAGCAGUGUGCAAUCUACGUCAACAUGCUCGUCUCGGCAUUGAUUUAUCUCCACGAACGCAAUGUUAUACAUCGGGAUAUUAAACCGGAAAAUUUACUGCUAGGUCAUGAAGGAGAAUUGAAAAUGGCCGAUUUUGGGUGGUCCGUACACGAACCGACCUCUACGCGGACCACCUUAUGCGGAACGUUGGAUUAUCUUUCACCGGAAAUGGUGCAGGGACAGCCACACACCAAGAAUGUUGACCUGUGGAGUCUUGGAGUGCUAGCGUACGAAUUAUUGGUCGGUCGUGCUCCAUUUCACGCCCUUGAGUACGAUGCGACUUACACCAAAAUUAUGAAGGUGCGCUACGAAAUGCCACCAGAAGUGUCCCGCUCUGCAUCGCACUUAAUAUCUCGUUUGCUGGUCAGGAACCCUGAACAGCGUAUGCCGCUCGAGCAGGUUGCCAAGCAUCCGUGGAUCUUGCUGCACGUUGAUCCGAAAAAGUGACGUUGUGUGUUACGUUGGAGGCAAGCGUGGUAUUGCAUUUUUAUGAGGCAUGUAUCGCCCUUUUUUGUUUUUUUUGUUUUAUUUUAUAACAAGCUGAACCGAAUCAUAGACUUCACUAGUAUUUUAAAAACUUUACUGUAAAAACGUUAACGUGAAUAAAUGGAAU